ACAACGUAUACUGCUAAAAGCUGCUUCAAGUUAUGUUUCUGUAUUACAGGUAUAAGUGAAAACAUGGUUCUAUUUCAAAUCUCGACUUUGCUGUUGCUUUUGACCUUCUCAAAAAAUUCCGAGAUACUUGCAGGGAGGAUCAUUGGGGGUCAUGAGGUGGUGCCAUACUCUGUCAAAUACCAAGCAUCUAUACAGACUGAGACGGGGCAGCACUACUGUGGAGGAACCCUUGUGCAUGCACAUUGGGUGGUGUCUGCUGCCCACUGCUGGAGACCGAGCACUAAAAUGAGGGUGGUGUUAGGCGAACACAACAUGAAUGAAGUCGAAGGAUACGAACAGAUCUUCAAUGUAUCAAGAAUAUAUUUACACAACUAUAACUACAGGACAUUCGACAGCGACAUCAUGCUUAUUAAGCUGAAUAGGCCGGCAGUAGUGAAUGCAAAAGUGGAACCAGCCCAGCUACCUGAUCAGAACGAUUGUCCAACACGUGGCAUGUGCAGAGUGAGCGGCUGGGGCGUGACUCAGGUUUACUCGUACUACCUCUCCCCUGUGCUGCGUGCUGUGGAUGUGCAAAUAAUCCCACGCUGCAACUGGUACUACUGGGGCAGAAUCACGACUAAUAUGCUGUGUGCUGGAUUUCAGUGGGGUGGAAAAGAUUCUUGCCAGGGUGACUCUGGCGGUCCCCUUAUCUGCAAUGGCCACUUUGAUGGCAUCGUCUCCUGGGGCAUCAGCUGUGCGAACCCAUUCUUCCCUGGCGUCUACACCAGCGUGUGUAAAUAUGUAGACUGGAUCAAAGGAAUUAUUGAUUAACAGCACAGCGUGAACAGGCACUUAUUUACUUUAGAAAUAAAGUGAUCAGUCAACAUUAUUUUCAGUGGCCUUGUUUAAAAGUUACUAUUACCUUUGUGUUUUAUAGCACUGAAUGUAAAUUGACAUUGACUACAACUUAUAUGAAGAAUUAGUAAUUUUUAAAUACACGGUUUUCUGGAAAAAUGUUGCUAUGCUUGUAAUUCACUGAUAUUUACUCAUACAGAAUUUAUUUUAUUGUUGUUAUUGCUAUUAUUGUUAUUAAUAGUAGUAGCAGUAGUAGUAGUGAUAGUAGUCACAAACUUAAAGCUGUGUUAACUAAUUGGUAGAACUAGUCAAAGACAAAGUCAGUACCAGUACUGAAUAAUACCCAGCCCUAUUUAACAAUAUUUUUUCUUUAUUUUCACACUGAAUGAAAUGACUGUAUGCAAUGUGGUUGUCUUUACGAGUGACACCUGUCACAUUACAUCUCAAUUCAUGUACUCCAAUGUAAAUUUAAAAAUAUUGAUUAAUGAAGCUUUAAGAACAUCACAACAGAGUACUUUUUGAUGAUUUUAUAAUGUUACUAUAUAAAGUGUCUGAGUAUUUUGAAAAGCGCUACAAAAAUAAAAUAUAUUAUGAUUAUUAUUAUUAGAAUGAGUUGACAUAUGACUCAGAAUGAAAAGAAUAAACCAUUCACAGUGACAGUGAAGAUGAGCUGUUUAGCUAAUGCUAAGGAUUAUCUAUGUUGUGCUUCUAGUAAUAUCUUGUAUUGUCAACAGAAGAAUAAAAAAGUCAAUGGACACAAUAUUACACUUUGAAAUUGGAUUAAAGGCACAUUUUGAACA